AUGUCACCAUUGGAGAGACCCACUUGUGUUAGGAGACACUCCUCAAACACCACCAGUCCUCAUUUGAGACCAAGGAGAAGCUCCAUUACCUCGUAUAGCCAAACUUCUACAAUUAGGAGUACAAGUCACACAAGAGGGCAUGGCACUGUUACAAGGCAACAUUCGAACACCCCCUCAGCCAUUUCACUAUCCUCUCUGAAUAAUAUCGGUGAUCAUCUAGUUUAUAACAACCAUCAUCGUGCUCAAAUUCCCCCAAAAUCCCCCCGUUUAUUAACGUCCUCAAAUCCAACAAUUACUCGUAAUUCUAGCCACACCCGUUUUAGUCUCAACACUGCUCAACACCGCUCAUUUCAAUCCAAUGAUAUAAAUGAAGAUAACAUUGACAGCGUUAUUCUAAAUGUCAACCUUGACAACUCUUUGCCUACAGAUUAUUUCAAACAAGAUAUUCUAUCAGUCAUAAAAUCGUUAAAGAUCCCCAAAUGGAGGAAAAUCGAAAAAUCAAAUUACAAGCAAAUAGGUAUUGAUAGAAUUAGCGGUGCAAUGACAAACUGUGUCUACAAACUCACAUAUUCAAAUUACUAUCCCCUUUUACUUAGAAUCUAUGGAGAUAUGGAGGAUAUUAUUGACAGAAACUCAGAAUUAUUGACAUUGGUUAGACUUUCGAGGAAGAACAUUGGUCCAAAAUUGUUAGGGUGUUUCUCUAAUGGUAGAUUUGAAGAGUUUUUGAAUAACUCAAUUACACUGAAUAAAUCUCAAAUCAGAGAUCAGAAAAUCAGUAGAAUGAUUGCAAGAAGGAUGAAGGAAUUUCAUUCCGGUGUUGAGUUAUCAUUUGACGAAAUAAACCAAGGUCCAAAAUCUUGGAUUUUGAUUGAAAGAUGGAUAGAAAUUGUAGACCAAAUUAUUCAAAAAGAAAAUGCAGACGAAAAUACUCAAAAAUCUGUUUUUAUGCUGAACUGGGAAUCUUUUAAGCAUUGUGUCUUCAUCUAUAAAGACUGGCUUUUCAGCAAGUACGAUGUUCAAACUUUAAAAGAUAGUUUGAGGUUCUGUCAUAAUGAUGCACAAUAUGGCAAUUUGUUAUUCUACAAUAAAUCCGAUGCUUUAUCAAUGGACGAUGAUGACACUAACAACAACAAAAACAACGACGGCAACUACGAUAAGAAUAGCACAUCCUACAAAGAUACUAUUGUUGCCGAUAGUGAAAUAACAAAUUUAUCUUUAGAUCAGCUGUCGAUUGGAUCCCACUCGACUAAUCAAGAAUUACCUUUAAUCACAGAAAAAACAUUUGAAAAUGAUACAAAACUAACUGUUAUUGAUUUUGAAUAUGCUGGACAAAACCCUGCUGCCUAUGAUAUAGCAAACCAUUUCUGUGAGUGGAUGUACGAUUAUCAUGAUCCAGUUGAAAAUUAUAAGACAAAUGAACUAAAAUACCCAUCAGUUGAGGAUAGAAUUAAUUAUUUGAAUUCUUAUGUCAAAUAUGUGCCAGGUUCAACAACUCCAAAUUUUAAGCCGGUGCAAUUGUCUGAGUUACAUCAUGAGAUAUCUGAAAACCCCCCUAAACUGAUUAAAUCAAUAAAAUUGUCUGAUUUGCCUAGCCAAGUUAAACAACUCUACAAUGACAUUAUCUAUUGGCGCUCAACUUCUUCUAUUUUUUGGGCAUUAUGGGCUGUGAUCAGUAGAGGCUCAAUAUCUUCAAGGCCCGUGCUUCCAAACAACACUGAAAAUUUUGAGUUUGGGCCAAAUGGGGAAACUUAUAAAAUAGUGAGUGAAUUCGACCAGCUUGCCGAUUGCAACUCCAGUGAAGAUGAAUAUCUAGAACAAACUUUAGAUGAUGAAUUUGAUCGCCUUAAGUAUGCAUUGGGUAAAACUGGUAUUUUCAUAGGUGAUAUGAUCCAAUUGGGUUUAUUAGAGGAAAAAGAUGUUGAUACGGAAAAUAAAUCUAAGAUUAAAUACCUUGAUGUGGAACUCCUGCCAAUUUAA